AUGGAGACAGUAGAUGACUUCGAUACCAUUGACGUGGAAUUGGAUGAGUUUUUCAAACACAAACAAAGAAGUCGAUGCAAAGAUGAGUUCCUAAAUACUCUCACAGACGUAGCGCUCGACGAAUGCACCAUACCUGAGAUAAACCUAAAUGAUUUUGAAGGAAUGUCAGAAGAUGAAGCACCGCAGGACAAGCAGAGUGAUAGUGAAGGUGACGAUGAAGACAAAUUGCAGUUUCAAUACUCAACCCAUGAUCCGAAGGUGAAAUGGAACAAUAUGAACCCAGUUCUUGCAAUCUUUUUCCUCAUCCUAUUAGGGCAGCCGAUGAACCUCCUGCUAGGGUUUGUUAGCCUCCAUGAUGUCCACUUACUAAUGGAGUCAUCACAAAAGCAUGUUACCCUUAAUGCUUGCCUUCGUGAUCGGAUAUUGCUCCUACUUCCCACUGAGCUUGAAGAUGCCAUUUUGCUUCGAUGGAGUGUAAGAAGGGGUUUUUACAGAGGAGGAGUUGAUGACGGGGUGUUUAAUGGAGGGUGA